GCUUUUCUAUUUGGAUGUCUAUCCAUCUGUUCCCUUUCUUAUAUCCAACGAAUAGUGACCUUCUUCCCCUUUCACCGAACUUUCCUUGCUUUCCACUCGUUGCUCUGGCAUUACUGCUUAGAAAUGGAAGGAAAAUAUAAAUUAAUAGAUGAAUAAAGAAUAAAGGAUAAAUAAAUAAAAAAAGCAAGAGGGAGCCCUUUGGUUGAAUUACUCCCCAUACCAGAGGGCCAAUUGUUUCAUCGUGGCCGGGAACCCGUAAGACGCAAUCUAAACAUGCCAUGUUUCAGGACUGUAAUAACAAUCCUUCCUGGACUUAGGAUUUUCUUGGAGAGAUCUCUUCCUGGACGUUCAUAAAUGCAACUCUGCAGAUACGUUCCACCUUGGCUCUCUUAUCUUCUCGCAUGCAUGGGAGCAGGGGCUGCCUUGGAUCCUAUCCUGAACCUAAAUUAAUUGUCACAGUAGAUGAGCCAGCAAAGGGGAGAAAUCAAGGUCGAUCUUUGAAGAAAUCUAGUGUAUCAGAGGACUUCUGGAGCACCAGCACUUGUGAAAUGGACAUCAGUGCAAUUCACUCCCAGAGAAGCAUCUCAUCAGUCAUCACGCCAAACCAUUGCCUUGAUCCCCAGGGUUGUGGUGGCAGCAUGAGCAACCCAUCAGAAUUCAUAAAUCAUGGUCUGCUUCUAUGGAACCAGACAAGGCUGCAGUGGCUUGGAAACAAAAGGUCAAAGAGCCAUCCGCAAGUUCUAGAACCCAGAAUAAGUUGGAAUGCUACUUAUGAAAGUCUACUCACGACCAACAAGCCUUUCCCCCAGCCCAUUCCCCUUCCUGAAAUGAUAGAUUUCCUUGUAGAUAUUUGGGAUCAGGAGGGUUUGUAUGAUUGAGGGCACAAACCCGGAAAACUCGAAACCUGUAUAAAUUUUUUUUUUCUUCUUGUUCUUCUUUAACUCUCCAUUUGUACUAAUUACAUAUCUGAGUACUACUGUAUAUUUGCAAUCUAUGCUCAUCUGAAAAUGCUUAGGUUCUCUAUGGAUGGGCUUGAAGAAAUAUAUUGUAUUAUUGUGGCAUCUUCUCUCUGGCUUUCUGUCAGCCUGUUUUUUUAGAUACAAAUCAAAUCACAGCUUGCCAUGCAGGAGGGUUU